AUGCAAGCUAAAAUUAUAUAUGCUCUGAGCGCAAUUUCUGCGUUGAUUCCGUUAGGAUCAUCACUAUUAGCACCUAUAGAAGACCCCAUAGUAUCGAAUAAGUACCUCAUAUCUUACAUCGAUGAGGACGACUGGAGUGAUAGGAUAUUACAAAAUCAGUCUGUCAUGAACUCGGGAUAUAUAGUGAAUAUGGGCGACGACCUUGAAUGCUUUAUUCAAAAUGCAAGCACUCAAUUGAAUGAUGUAUUGGAAGACUCAAAUGAGCAUAGCAAUAGUGAAAAGACAGCAUUAUUAACUAAAACCCUGAAUCAAGGUGUUAAGACAAUUUUCGAUAAAUUAAAUGAACGGUGCAUCUUCUACCAAGCCGGAUUUUGGAUUUACGAGUACUGUCCUGGCAUAGAAUUUGUUCAGUUCCAUGGUAGAGUAAAUACAAAAACUGGUGAAAUAGUAAAUCGAGAUGAAUCUUUGGUCUACCGCCUGGGAAAACCAAAAGCAAAUGUAGAAGAGAGAGAAUUUGAACUACUUUAUGACGAUGUAGGAUAUUACAUCAGCGAAAUUAUAGGGUCAGGUGAUAUUUGCGAUGUGACGGGGGCUGAAAGAAUGGUUGAAAUACAAUAUGUCUGUGGCGGCUCAAACUCUGGACCAUCGACUAUUCAAUGGGUGAGAGAAACAAAAAUUUGUGUUUAUGAAGCCCAAGUUACCAUACCUGAAUUGUGCAAUUUAGAAUUACUAGCCAAAAAUGAAGACCAAAAGAACGCCUCACCUAUACUUUGCAGGAUGCCCGCAAAAUCAAAAAUUGGUAGUAACUCUAUUGAUUUAAUCACCAAAUAUGAACCGAUUUUUUUAGGUUCUGGAAUAUACUUUCUAAGGCCCUUUAACACCGACGAAAGAGACAAAUUAAUGGUUACUGACAAUGCCAUGUCAAAUUGGGAUGAGAUUACGGAAACAUAUUACCAGAAAUUUGGAAAUGCCAUAAACAAAAUGCUUAGUUUGAGAUUAGUAUCGUUACCUAAUGGACAUAUUCUCCAGCCUGGUGACUCAUGUGUUUGGUUGGCGGAAGUGGUUGAUAUGAAAGAUCGGUUUCAAACCACUUUAUCGUUGAACAUACUUAAUUCACAGAGAGCAGAGAUAUUUUUCAACAAGACGUUUACAUUUAAUGAAGAUAAUGGAAACUUCCUAUCAUACAAAAUUGGGGAUCAUGGCGAGUCAACUGAACUUGGUCAAAUAACCCACUCAAACAAAGCAGAUAUAAAUACCGCAGAAAUUCGGUCAGAUGAAUACUUAAUUAACACUGAUAAUGAGCUAUUCUUGAGGAUUUCUAAGGAGAUAGCAGAAGUGAAAGAAUUAUUAAACGAAAUCGUAAGUCCACAUGAAAUGGAAGUAAUAUUUGAAAACAUGAGAAAUCAACCGAAUAAUGAUUUUGAACUGGCGUUGAUGAACAAGUUGAAAUCCUCAUUAAAUGAUGAUAACAAAGUUGAGCAGAUAAACAACGCAAGGAUGGAUGAUGAUGAAAGCACUAGUCAUACAACCAGAGACAUCGGGGAAGCUGGAUCACAAACGACAGGGAAUACUGAAUCGGAGGUAACAAACGUAGCAGCUGGUGUUUUCAUCGAACAUGAUGAGCUUUAA